CCUCCCCUGAGCAUCACUAUUUUUCCAACAUGGCGGCCUAUAUGUAGGUGUUUUGUUGGACGAAUAGAACAUAUCGGCUCUUUUUUUAUAUUGUUUCGAUUGGAAAUGCUGACAAUGCUUAGAUACCUAUUUCUGGUAUACUUUUAAGUUCUUUUGGGGUGUUUUUUUUUUUCGUUUAGCUAUCGUAGCUUCGCUACGAUUUUGGUUUUGAACUUCUCUAAGAAAUGGCGGCCGAUCAACUAAUCAAAAACGUAGAUUUAGAUUCCUAUCCAUCUCAUGGUUUUAAGAGCCUUUUACAAGAAUACUGUCAGAAGAUGAAAAUUGAUUACCCAAGUUACAGGACAUCGCAAUGUGACGACGGAACUUCCAAAUAUCUCGGACAUUUCGUAUCCAAUGUUCUAGCAGUUGGACAAAAUUUUACUGGAGGGUAUUGCAGUAAAAGGAAAGCUGCAGAACAAGACGCCGCCAAGCAAGCCUUGAAGAACAUUCAGCAAACGCUGAUUUCUUCAACUCCCUCCUCGCAGAAUAUUGCUACGUAUAGUAAUCCAUCAAUUAUAACUAAUACUAAUAACAGCCAAGCUAAUUUGUCACAGUCUCUUGAAAGUUCAUUUACUCCACAACAUCAGACAACACCUAUCAAAUCAUAUAAGAACAUUUUACAAGAGUUUGCACAAGGUUCAGCCAAAUUAUUGCCAUCAUACACUGUAGAUACAACUAACAGUGGUUUUAUUGCGGAGGUGAACUUUGAAGGGGUCCGUUACAAGUCUAAAAUUGCUCAUUCUACCAAAAAGGCAGCUGAACAGAAUGCAGCAGAAAGUGCUUUACAAGCUUUGGGACUUGUGCGUGACUCCCCGUCAGAGACUGUAGUCUCUGAAAAAUUUGAAUCAGUGUUAAAAAAUACUCCUGCUAAAAAUGACUUCACUGGGUGCUCUAAAGAUCAGCUCUAUUUGUCUUCUCCUGCUAUUAACAUAUCUUACAAGAGCUAUCUUCAAGAACAUGUCGUCCAAAGAGGUUGGAGGGGACCGUCAUAUAUGACAACAUACCAUCAAGGGGGUGCUCAAACUGUUGUCCAGUUCUGUGGAAAAAGUCUAACAGGGAAGCCUGCAUCUACAAAGAAACUUUCAGAGCAAUUGGCAGCUCGAGAGGCGUUAGUAAAUCUUGGGUUUAGUGAUCCUGAGCUGCUGAAUGACAUUAUCAUAAAGAAAAAAUACAAAACAAAGGAGAAAAAAAUUGCUGAAUGUACACAGACAAAUUCACCUGCAAAUACCCUUCAGCUAAGGACUCUUGAUCCAGAUGAGCUUUUAUUCCAAACGCUGCUACCAGUGAUUACAAAAAGGAAUACAGCAGAUGAUGAAGAGAAUGACUAUCCUCCUGCUAAACGAUGUAAGCUCGGUUAUAACACAGCUCAAGGUUACAACAUAGAAGGCGCUUGUGCCCCUUUGCUCCCAACUCCCAGUCAGUCAGAUGUACUGAGCGUUGGUGAGGUGUGGAAAGAGAAGAAGAAUGUUGUACUUGUGGGGAACAGUGAGACUUCAUUUAUCCUCUUCUGUUCACGUGUCGCCAGUAUGUGUCAACUGAUGAACACUAGAACAAUGGAACUGGUCAACCUUGAGCCUGGUCAUCGUAUUGUAGGCUUAGAUGGGGAGUUCGUUGAAUAUCAAGGAAAGGUUGCCCUUAGGGCAGAAAGAUGUGCGGAUGUGGAAAUCCCUGACUCUCCUGACUCUGUCCUGACAAGCUGUGGUGUGCUUCUUCUGUCAGCUCAGCAACAAGAAAAGUUUGUCUUUAUCUUAUCUCAUUUGACUGCCCACCAGGUCUUAUUGCAGAGGUGCAUAUUCAGUAGUGCAUUCCUCAAUGUUGGCCAUACCUUGGCCAUGUUCCUGCGGCGGACAGUAAGAGGUCUCCCUGUUCAACUUAAUGUUGACGAGUUGACUGCUGACAUCAAGUACUGGCUCUCUUGGGAGUUGCAUGACAUCAUGGAGAUGGACUUGAGUCGGAUUAGGUGUGGCACCCACGCCCUUACCAAAACUGUCAGUGAAAGGGUUCCUGAUGUACUCAAACACCCCCUUCCACCUCCUCUACAGGAACUACAGGCUAGGGCAAAAGAGGAGUUCAGGCGCAGAGAAAACCUCAACAUUCCAUUUGACGACGUCCACCCUUGGGGACCCCCCAAAGGGAAUUUUAGGCACAAAAUCAUCACUACAGGACUACACAUUGAGACCCCUGUGGAAUGUGCUGUCCGUGAGUUACGUGAAGAGUCUGGGAUCGUGUUGGAUCCUAGUGACCUCCUUGAUGUUGCUUAUAUCGACCUACCACAGAGAGCAAACCAUAAUCCCCAUAUAGGUGAUACUGUCCGAUACUUUCUCUACUUGCACAAUCCCCAGACAGAAGAUUUGGUCACUUCGUACUUCAACUCUGGCAGUUAUUUCCUUAAUCAACAAGCAGAGUUAGCAGCAAAGAUGCCCUCUCCAUCGUCAUCAGCAUCUCCUUGUUUUACUUCUGGAGCAGAGAAUUUUGACAACAGUGGGCUGAACACAAGCCAUGAGCAACACAUUACCAGCUCUUUCACAAGUACCCCCCUCCCUAGUGCACUGGAAUAUUGUAAUCCAGACCAUGUUACUACAAGGAGGCUUAAUUUACCAGCAGCUCCACAGGCAACCCACACCCUGUAUUAUGAUAACACAGGCAGCCCAUGGGAAGUUGCUGGAGCUUUGGAAGGGGCAAACUUUUGUACUGAAGAUGAAGUUUGGAAUGAUGAGAGUCAGCAGAAGAGAGGAGUAAAAAGAAGACACUCAGAAACAAACUACACUAGCUUCUAUGAUAUGGCAACUCCUCAGAAAAGCACCACAAGACAAGGGUCAGUAACUCCAGGGGGAAGUGGUGUGGAGGCGACUCCAGUGGGUGGUAGAGUGGAGGGUUCAUCCCCUCAGACCCAGUCCCCCCAAGUGUAUGGCAGUCUCCAUGAGGAGUGUGCAUGGUUUUACCUUGACGAAGCUCGCAGGAAGUCACCUGUGUUUGAGGAAAUAUUCAACACCAAGGAAUUCCAGCAGCUUCUAGCUCUUGCCAAUGCAGUCAGCAAGACUCGAACAUAGCAUAGGGACUGACACAGAAAAACACACACACACAAAGAUGAUCAUUCCUGAUAAGGAUACAUACUAUAGCUGGUGUAGUUUUCACAAGGUGCCACUCCCCCUCCCUUCUACCCACGUAAAAUCUAAUCUACAGGCUUGUAUAGUCAGAGCUGUAGCAGGACUGAAAAUAUGUGGGACACCUGUGGCUCCAUACCAGUCUUGUCAUAAUCAGACGCCAAGGCAGCUGAGGGCGCGCUAAUAGGUAGGGGGGGGGGGGGUAUGGUAACUUAAACGUUUUCUACCAUAAACAUCCAAGUAUUUUUACAUGGAACAGAGUCACAGUUGGCUCAAUGACUUUAGAAUACUUGGGCAUAUCACAUGUAUAUGCUAAAAAUGUCGAGAUAACCUCAUUCGAAAGUUUAUGGAAUUGGCCAAAACACGCGGCAGAUUUCUUGCAUUUUGAUUAGCUAGUGUAGUUAUGCUCUAAUGCAUCUUAGCUAUUUUUAUAUACGACCCGAAUUUCGUCGCACACACCUGUUGUCUUGUCAUAUGACUCCCUCCACUUACAGUUUACAGGUGGGAAUCUGUCAUAUUCCCUUUUCUCAAGCCGACCGUCUCACGCAACAAAGAAAACCUCGACACGUAUCUGUCCAUCAAGUUAUCGAUCAAUCAACAAUGUGGGCAAUCAUCCUCAUAAAGGCGGCCCAGGGUCAUUUCUGUUUUACCCUUGGGUUUCCGAUGGUGUAUGGGUUAUGCCUGGACGCAUAGUAAGACGUAAUUUUCAAUCUGCCCUCCUCUGCAGGUUGCAUAUCGUACGUGAGGGAAAACUUUGUAAAUAUUUUAGCACUAAGGUUUGCGGUUUGAUACUCCGACGCAAAUCCCUUUUAAUUUUUCGAGCUUGUAAAUUUGAAUUGUUUGUUUAUUUUAAAUGCCUUUAGUAUUCACAACCAAGCACUUUUGGUUUUAGUUUUCGUGAGUUUCUAUUGUAGGUCUCCAACUGUGGUUAAGAAGUGUCGCAAGUUGGAGAUAGCACGCAAGAAAGGCGUGUCCGUACUUGCGCGAUUAUAGAGGAUUUCCCGCCAAAAUUGCCGGAAAACACGUGCCCGACCUUGACCGGGGAGAUCACGCGACCCGUUGAUCUUGACCUUUGUCACGUGCUUGGUACAUCCGGGAUACUUCCUCGCCGGAAACUCACGUUUAUUUAUAUAAAAAAAAUUUGAUGAUGCCUAGUAUUGUUGCGAGAAAUUUACAGUAGACUUUUUGAUAAUUUUAUCGUAUAAUAAUGAUAUUUUGUCAUAUAAUGCCUCAAAUUUUGUUUCUUGGCCUUGUCGCUAAAAUAUUACUUGACAUUCAGAUGAUUGGAUAUUCUCGAAUGACUACCUCCUGAAUUUCAAUAAGGACUAUUGAGACAAAGUAUCUUCAAAGUUUGUUAACAACUUGUUGUCUGUUUAUCGCGAACUGGCGACGUGUAUAUCAAUCUUUUUCCCGCUGUUUCUUUCCCGCCGUUUUCUCAGCAAGUGAAGUCACGUGGCGACACGCGUCGCAAACUUGCUGCCAUCUCUUCCAUCAAAAUAAAACGUUCUUAGAAAUUUUACGUUGUUUUCUUUCUCAUCGCUAUGAUCUCAGCUCUCUUUAUCAGCUGCUUGGUGGCUUAGCAAUUAUAAUCUUUUGGAAACCACGUUUACAUAAUUUAAACGAAAACUAUUUAGUUAUAGGGCGUAAAAUAGUUACUACCGAAAUAUGUCACGUACUACAAUCCACGUUUCAACUUCCUGCUUUUAAUAACACUCGAAGACACUCCUAAAGUUUUCCGAAAGAUGCUCUAAAUAUUUUAUUCUUUAUUCAAAUUUAUUUUCUUAUCUUUUGAUCAAAAGAAGAUUUCCUUGUGGUCGCAUAUGAUGGAAUGAUAAAAGGCUUUUCGGAUGCAAAACCCAAACAAACGUGUUGUGAUUCGCCACAUGGCGGCAAGUCUGUAACUGUCACAAGUGACAAGAAAUUGAUUUUUCUUUCAUCUUUUCAGCUUGUGCGACAUCUUGAACAAAUGUAUUUUUGCGUAAGAAAAAGUAUUAACUUUAACUUACUUGAUCGAUGAAUCGCCGCAAAAAAAAAAACAACAACAAGGAAACGAAAACAAAAUCCUUUACAAGUAUGGCUAUUUAGAAAAUCAAAUUAAUUUAAUCCAAUCUUACAUUGAAUACAGCUUAUAGAAUACCCCCAAAAGACAGUCGAUGUAAUGAUCAGAUAAGGAAAUUUCUUUUAGCUCAGAAUUGCGCUGAGGAAGUACGCAGUUUAUGGAACUGUCAAGCUAUCCAAAAAUAGCGAAAGGUCAGGGUUAACGCGAUUGUCAGCAAAUUUGUAUGAAAGAAACUCGAUAGUACCCUGUCGAUAAAAUAUACACGGGGAAUGCUUUGUUAUGGUUACAUAAUGUUGUUUAUUUGCCAAAAACUACAUCGUCACAACAAAGGAAAAGAGUUUAAGGCCUUUUGGCUAAAUGUUACACGUCUUUGGCAGAAAACACGUAACAACAACUAACUUAGCAACACUACAAGCGGUUUGUCUCUUUAUUUGGCUUUGAAUGGAAAUGUAUAAAUAAAUGCAUUUAUAGGGAUGUAUCUAUUAAGGUUCUUGUUAAAUAAUCCCUAAUCUUGACCGCUUAAGGCUUUUUACAUUAUUAGCGAGCCAGCCAUGUAGAUAUAACUCUUUUGUUUUGUCCGUUUCAUCUAGUUUUUAAGUUGAUCAAAUUUGUUUCUGAAACGAGCGCGUAUAUAUACAUUUGAUAAACCAGAAAUCAAUAGCUCUAUGAAUAUCUAUGUACACUACAGAGGAAAAAUAAUAGAAUUUUGUUAGCAUAAAACUGCUCACAAUUAGCGAUUUACUUGUUCCACGGGAACAAAAAAUAUAGGCACUUUACAAUAAAGUAAUUGUUGUUGUGUUGA